AUGAGGCCCAUUUCGGAUCCUUCAUUGCUCCUCAGAACCCAGGCGCGAGAUACGACGAUGAAGGCUACGAUAAGUCCGAUGACCACAUGUUUUCCUUCGAUCGUCAUCAGCCUUUUGAGAACAGACGUGGAUUUGCUUUCCACAAUGUCUGCUGGACGCUGCUGA